AUGGUUCAUGAGGCAUUCAACUUUCCAGGUUUUGUUGCCAAUGAAGAUGACUCGAGCAACAAAGAUUUUGAGGGGGAUGCCGAAGAGUUGCCAUAUUUGUACAGCAAACCUAGUCACGCGGCUCGUCAUUUUGAGGAGCUGCUUGAGGAUGGAGAGCAAGAAUUGUAUUCGGGAUGCACAAAAUUCUCAAAGCUGGCUUUCUUGGUGAGGCUAUACCAUAUAAAGUGCAUGUGCGGCGUGAGCGACAAGACCUUCGAAAUGAUAUUAGAGCUACUGUGUGAUGCCUUUAAGCAUGCAAAGAUUUCGGCUUCACUGCACGAUGCCAAGAGGAUCAUACGAAAGCUCGGAAUUGCGUACAAGAAGAUAGAUGCAUGUCUGAAUGACUGUAUGCUAUAUCAGGGCAGCGAUCAAGAACUGUCUAGGUGCAAGAGAUGUGGGACCUCGAGAUGGAAGCAAAAGACUAGGAGGAAUUCCAUUGUCUGGAUCAAUGUGGUUGUUAAGAAGAAUGGGAAGCCGCAGGCGGCGAAGGUUUUUCGUUACUUUCCCCUUGUUCCACGAUUGCAGCGGAUGUUCAUGUCCAGUAAGACAUCUGUUGACAUGUUGUGGCACAAGAAAGGUCCUAACUCGGAUGGUUUUUUGAGGCACCAAAGGGACGGAGAGGCAUGGAAGGCAUUUGAUAGAAGAUAUACUCACUUUAGUGGCGAUCCACGCAGCGUUCGUUUAGCCUUAGCUAGCGAUGGCUUUAGUCCCUUCGGAAAUCUCAGCUCAAGGUACUCGAUUUGGCCCGUGAUUCUCAUCCCCUACAACCUGCCCCCAUGGAGUUGUAUGAAACCCAGCUCUUUCUUGCUGUCUAUGAUUAACCCCGGUCCCAAGAUGCCUGGUAAUGACAUAGAUAUCUACCUACAACCCUUGAUAGAUGAGUUGAAGCAGUUGUGGGGUGGUGUUGAUACGUACGACGCUAGCGAGAAAAAAACAUUCAAGAUGCAUGCUGCGUUGAUGUGGACAAUAAACGAUUUUCCAGGGUUAGGCAACUUAUCUGGGUGGAAUACGUACGGUGGGAGAGCAUGUCCUACGUGCAACCUGGAUGCUGAGUCCAAGCGACUCACUUUCAGUCAGAAAUGGUGUUUCAUGGGUAAUCGGCGCUUUCUGAAUCAAGGCCACAGAUUUCGGCAGGACCGGGUUAGAUUUGAUGGGAAGGUAGAGGUCAGAGGUCCGCUUGUAACAUUGUCGGGUGGAGAUAUUUUGAGACAGUUAGAUAAUGUGCAUGUCAAGCUUGGCAAGGUGCAAACAGAAGCUGGUAAAAGAGCACGCGGACAACAGGCUGCAUUACAAGAUGAGUCUCCUUGUAAAAAAAGGAGUAUAUUCUUUGAACUCCCAUAUUGGGAGUAUAAUUUAUUGCGUCACAACCUGGACGUGAUUCACAUAGAGAAAAAUGUGUGCGACAACAUUAUCUACACGAUACUGAACGACAGUGGUAAAUCCAAAAACAACCUCAAAGCUCGAAAAGACCUCCAGCUGAUAGGAAGUAGGCGUGAACUUUGGCCCCGGGAAGAUGGAAAGUAUCCCACUGUAAUAUUCUCCAUGUCGAAUUCACAGAAGGACGUCUUUCUUAGGAAUUUAAAGAUCGUGGUCUUUUCAGAUGGUCAUUCGAGCAACAUAUCUUGCUGUGUUGACCUACAGCAGUGA